AUGUUUCGUGCUCAACCUGUUUGCUCGAAAUAUCUAGAUCUAGCCGAAAAAGCACGCGCUUAUGAUAGGCACACCUAUGCUCUUAAACACAAUCCACAUAGGCCGAUUUCAAAGAAACCUAACGUUGCACAAAUAUUUUAUAUCAACAGGCAAAGGAAGAAUGAAGAGCUUGAAAUGGCUAAAAGGAAUGAUGUUAAAAACAGCCAGAACAUUGAUAGUAUUUGGAAAAAGGCCCAUGGUAUCCCAAUUCAAGAAGACUUUUUUGCGACAACACCUAAAAUACAAAGUCGCUCAGCUCAACUUCCUUGGAGUGAAAGACUUAAAUACUGCGAAGCUGAAUUUCCAACUGAAAACGAAAAGGGAAUUUCAUCUUCUUCAUCUUCUUUGAGCAAUAGCAGAUGCGAAAGCUCUAACAGAAGUCAGUCUUCUUUUACACAAGAGCUCGAAUCUGGAAUGCAUGUUAACUACAAUUCAAGACAGAAGACACCAGGUAGGCGAACUCCAAAACAGGAUGAUUACGAGCUAGUAUAUGAUAAGCGUCCUACAGAAAAGUCAAACAAGAAUGGUGUUACCCCAAAACCGCAAAAACGCGCUAAAAGUUCAAACAAAUAUCAAUCAUCUCAGUCUCCAAUACCUGAGUCACCUGAUAAUAAUAGCGUACCACAAAACAAUGCCGAGAGUAAUGUGCAGGAUUCUAAACAGAUGAAUGGAGAGUACAACUCCAAUCUAGUUUCACUUAACACAUUUACAAAUAACCUUGAAAAGGCAAUGAACCACGAAACAGAUGAAGAAGAAUCAGAAGGACUUCUAGAUCAGAUGCUAGAUAAUAAGAAUGAACAAAACUCCAACAAUUAA